CUCUGCAGUGAAGCGACAGCCAGGGAGGGCAGCAAUGGAGGAGCCAGCAGUGCAGCAAGAAAAAAUAGAGAAAUCACAGGAACAAGGGGAGGAUAGAAGAAAGGCAGAUUGGAAAAAUGAAUGCUCUUUCUCGAAUUUGCUUAAGCAUUCUUGCUUUAUAUGUUGGUCAUCUCCUGGAGACACAGAUGUCAUAGAAAUGGAUGACCGAGUCCUGGCCAAGGCAGCCGAGAUCAGAGUAAGACCGCAGCACCUGCCUCUGGAGCUGGAAAAUGCAUUAGCAGUGGAGAACAUGGAACUUCAGGAGCAGCAAUCAGACUGUAGGGACUUAGAAGAGACCAUGGUGAAAUUUGAGAAACACAAAGAGAAAUUGAUCCAGCAGAUAAAGGCAACCAGACAGCUCUGCUAUGAAGAAAGUCAAAAGAUACUAUCCUUGCAAGCAGAAGAAGCACAAAAUGAGAGCCAGGUGGAGGAGUAUGAAAGAGAACUUGCCCGAGCUCGGUGGAGGCUGAAAAAGCUCAGAGAGGAGGUGAAGAGAGCAAAAAGGAAGGUGGAGGAGGCUCGAGAGAGAGACACUCCCCUCCAAGACUCCAUCAGACAGUCUUAUGAAGAGAUCCUACAGGAAGAGCACACUCUGUGUUCUUUGUCAGGAGGUGGAGUGACACCUGACAGCCAGCUUGAGGAAUCUGCAUCCCCUGCAGACACAACUGAGGAUGAUCCUCUUCCUAUGAAGCCGUGGGGAAGAAGCCAAUCACUGCCUGCUUAUGCUGACCUAAUAAUGGGGGCUGGCGAUUUAUCUUUCUGUAAUAAUCUAGCAGGUACCAGAGAGGAUGAUGAAAGUGGGAGCAGCUCUACAAAGGAAAUGGAUAGAUCAGACAUGGAUGAAGAUCCAGACAAUGACAAGAGCCACAAUGAAAGGAAUAAUGAGAUGGAAGAAGCUCCUACUCUUAACCCAACCCCGCUAAAUCAGCUGGACUUCUACCAAGUCAACCUGUUUACUUACUGUCAGACAGACAAUGAUCUCUUCAAUGAGGACCUGUUUCCUAAAACAGACUCAUCUGAUGGUUUUGCCUCAGACCCUUUCAAAGGCAGUGAUCCUUUUGCAAAAGAUAUUUUCUUUCCCAGUGCUAAUGACGAGUUGGAAAAUGAGGCAGACACCAGUUUGUCAUGUGCGGAAAACAAAGCUUCAACAGGAACUCAGUGCUUUGAAUCUGAAUUUCCAGAUGAAGAUAGUGACAUAGAAAUCAGCUACAGCAGAGAAGACUUGGAUGUCAUUGCUGUUGUAGAUGAUUCCAGUGGAUUUAAACCCAUUCAGAGUUCAUCAGAAGAGUUCAUGCCAGAACCAACCCUGGAGAGGAAGUGUCCAGGUCAGCAUUCCAUAGAAUCAGACCCGAGUGGGUAUGAGCUGGAUCUCUGUCCUGUCUCUUCACCCUCUAAAAUAGAGUACCACCAUGAAUUUCUAGCUGAGGAGGCUACCACUGAGGACACGGAAGGACCACAAGGUCCCAGUUGUGUUUCAACUCAGGCUGUCUGUCAUCGUCACAGUGGCAAAUUGAUGUUCGAAUCCAAAUGGAUAAGUGACAUAAAGCAAACUGAUCCUCAAGAUUUACCUUCCAGUGAGGUAACAGAAGGGGUAGAAAACACUACAGAGAAACCCAGAAAGGCAGAGUACCCCCACAAUCCAAUGGACUCUCAGAAACAAGAUGUUAUUAAAUCUGACUCUCAUCAAACCGAUUUAGAUUUAAGCUAUAAUUCAGCCAGUCCAUCUUGUUUCGACCCUUAUGGGUUUAAACUCAGUCCAGAGAACUCUAGCCGCACUCUAGUAGAUCCUGAUGAAGCUGAGCUUAGCCCAGAACAUGCAGAAAAUAUUAUCUUUGAUGGUGAUCCCUCGUCGUCUUCACCUUAUGAGCAAAAUUUUGAUCCCUAUGGGUUUGACAUCUCUGCCUGUCAAGUUGUGUGUGACUCUGACCCUUAUGGCUUUAAACUCAGUCCUGAUGAAGAGAACCAGGUGGUUUUAGACCUCUGUGGCAAUGAUGACCUGGAAGCAACUUAUGAAAACAAUGAGGAAUUGGAGAACUUCAACUAUGCCAACCAGGAAGUACUGAAUGCUCAGACAUAUGAAAAUCGAGAGGUCCUUGAAGAGUGUGACUACAAUUUUCAGAAAGUCAUAAAUUAUAGAAGUACUGGGAACCAGGAAGUGUUAGAGCCACCUAGUUCAUUCAACAAGGAGCUGGUUACCCAUGAAAAAAGGGAACUUGUGGAUACCAGUUCUCAUGAAAAUCAGGAGGUGGUGGAGACCUGUCCAAAUAUCAACAAGGACAAUUUACCUGAACCUUUUAAUUACAAUAAUCAAGAGGUGCUGGAAAGAGACAUCAGUGGCAAUCAGGAACUACAAGGAUUUUCAUAUCCUGAAAACCAGGAAAUUUUGGAUUUAGAUAGUCACGAAAAUCAAGAGCUUCUGACUUUUUAUGACCCAGAAAAUCAGGCAGUACUUGUCUCAGAUUGCCAUCAUAACAAGGAACCCCAGAAUCUCACAAUUACUGAAAAUCGGGAAUUGCUAGAUUUACAUAGCCAUGACAACCAAGAGAUACCCGACAUGUACAGUCAUGAAAAAGUAGCCAACGUUAAAGGAGAUCAAGGCAUUGUUGAACCAGAACUCAAUCUCAGUUUUUCCAAUAACAGCUCAGACAGUGAUCUAGAAUCAAACAACAUUCAAAGAUUGGAACUUGGCCGCACAGAUGUCUCUUCUAUCAACACCGCCAAUAUUGCUACAACUGACACACUUAGCAAGACCAUCAGCAGAAUGUCAGCCAAACAUGACUCAGCUAUUUCCGAUUCCCCAAACAGUCAGAUUUUUUUUGGAGCUGAUCUGGGAUCAGUAUUUGGUGCUGGAGGAUAUAUUGGUUGUCCUGAUGUAGCUGAUGAUUUGGAACCACUGAAAAGAAGCCAAGACAAACCAAAAUCAGCUCCAGAUCCAGUACUCUCUCAAAGACCUGUAAGGCCUCCAAGACCAUCUCUCAAGAACAAGGAGAAGGCCACAUCCCAGGGUAUUGACUUGAAGUGAUCUCUGCUAUGUCUGCACUGUCUUCUGACAAAGGCAAUAAAUUUCUGUUUUCCUGUAAAAGAAAACAGAAUGGAGAUUAAACUAAAAAUAGGUUGCCAAACAGAAAAUAUUAAUGAAACAAAUUUAGCAUUAUAUAGAAAGUAAAAAUACAUUAUUGUGGAGUUACAUGUGUCCAUGCCACUUGUCAUCCAGAAAUCGGAGUUAUUCAGGUGGAAAAGACGUAAAAGUACUGGACCAGUUGACUGUGAAUACAUUAUUUGUGGGAAAUGUAUACCAUUCCAGAGAGACACCAGAGAUGUAUAUAUAUAGAGAUUAAUUAAUUAACUCUGAAAUUGUGACUUGGAGAAUAAUUGUAGUUUAGGCUAAAACAGUCAUAGAAUGUGGUCAGAGCAUGGAGGGGCCUCCACUGAUCAGUCACUCCAUAUUGUGUAGUUUUAAAUGUGAUCCUCACCCUGAUUCAGCCUCAGUCAUUGCUUUGCAUGAAAAUUUACUCUAUUAAAUCCUGGACCGCACAGCUGUUAAAACACACCUCAAUAUCCCUAUACAUGUUGCUCCAGAGCUUAAGUUUAAGUGUUUUUUUUAUGGGGAAAUUUUUCUGCCAUAAUCCAAGAGCAGACAUUUUCAGUCUGAAAGUAGGAUUUCAUGUUUUUUGUUCUCAAAACAAAAUACAUUUUUAUUUUGAAAGCAGGACUUAAAGUCAUUCUUCUCAAAACUUGUAAUGAUUGUACUCAAAAUUUCUCCUCCACACUUAGUCUCUGCUCGGACUCUCUGCUCACUUAAGAACCUGUAACUGCCUUUUGGCACAGUCGCCUGGCAACCGGUCAUCCAAUAGAACAAAAGUGUUAUACUGGGUGUGUUUGUUUCCUUCUAGUGGGUGUGCCUGUGUGACUACUAUGGAUUGUACCAACCUGCGCCACCCACUGGAUGUAGGAAGAAACAAUGACGUCAGCUUUCUGCUCCGUAGUACACUAAACAUCCGCUAGCAGUGUGCUACUGAUCGCUAACAUCUACUGAUCUUAGGCAGGACUUUGUUCACCCAGCCAAAGACAGCACAGUCAUGACAUAUCUGUCUGUCUGUCUGUAUAGAUAAAUAGAUAUAAUCAUAUAUAGUUAUAUCUAUCUAUGUAGAUAGAUAUAUCUACCUCUAGAUAUAUCUAUCUCUCUAUAUAUAAUCUAUAGAUACAUAUAUAUCUAUACAUGGACAUGAAUACACAGACACCUCAUCGAGCUGGUUGGCCCGUUGCUGCAAUACGUCACAGCUUCCGCCAUAUUGAAUGUGGCCUAUCUGCCGGUAAGCUAAUACAAGUAAAUGGACCGAAUUUCACAAAGUGCUGUUCUUUAAAGUAUGUUAAGUUAAUACCAGUCAUUUUCACAUUCUCUCACACACACUAAUUUAUUUGGUAAUCAAAUGAACCACUAAAGACAGCGUUUCUAACUUUUGAUGUGGUUAUUUAAUUGUUUUGGGGGAUUUCUUAAUAAAGAGCACAAUGCUUUUAUUUGAUAGGAAGAACAUAUUUACAUGAUUCCAUAAUUUAAUGUACAUUUAAUGUUUCAAGAUAUGAAGAAAAACAUGUAAUUUCCUUUUAUCUUUUUGAUAUUUUAUUGUAAAGACAAUAAACUUUGAUAAAGCAGUCAUUAUCAAACAUUAGCUACAUAUUUUUCUUACUUUUUUUCAGAAAAAAUAUAUUUAUUACAGUAUGAUAUGUCACCUCUGCUAUGGACAGCAUAGACAAAGAGUGGGAAAAAAAAUCUA